UGCGACACCGUGACAGUUCAGAACGUCAACUGAUGAAGUGGCGUUGACAGUUCAGAACGUCAACGGCAAAACCGUUUCCGUUCUCGUUUAAAAUUUUGCCAAACCAACGUGAACGGCUACAGCCCUAAUCUAAUCAUAGUUCAUUUAUAAUAAAAUAAUCUCGGCUAAAUAACCUUUCCUUCAGUCGAAAACUGUAUUUCAUCAUUCAUAUUCUGGGCCUGAAUUUCUCCAUCCACCAACGGGAUUGAGACUUGAAAAAGCUGACCAUUGAGUAAAUCGAGUUCUAUCCGAAACCUUUUAUGAAACUUUUCCAUGAUCUUCACAAAGGAAGCGUCAAGAUUUCUCUCCUGUUCUGUUUGAUGCAUGGACAAAUCGAGACCUAAUGUUUAGAUUUUUAUGAUGUACGAUUUUCAUUCGCUUUGCCUUAAUAUUAUUUCGAAUUUUCAAAGAACAUCUCAUUUCUCGAAAAUUUUUCAUUACGAUUUCGUCUCGAUUCAUCGGGAUUCUUUGGAAAUUUUCUCCUGAAGAGCUAGCUAAAGAAGCUACUGAAACUUUUUAAUAUGAAUAAAAAUCUCGGAAGCUCUUCUCAAUUUUAGCAAACAGUAAUAAUCUUGAGCAUAAACAACAAACUGAUACACAAUCAUCGCAAAAUUUUGCUAUUUUGCAAAAGUCUAAACCAGUAAAUAUCCAGCAAUUACAAUUAAACAAGGUCGAAACACAAAUUGAUGAAAAUAAAAAUCGAACAAUAACAACAAUAACAUCAGCAUUGCCAACACCAGCUAACACCUUAGAUUCAGAAUUACGAGCAUCUGAAUCAUAUCAGUCCGAAUUACUGAAUACAAUUAAAAAACAAAUAUACCAACAACAAGGACCAUCAUCCUAUAAAGUCGUAUGGUGGAUGUUUUAUAGGGCGGAGUUAAUUAUUCUAAAUAGUUUGGAGAAAAAAUAUCCAUAUUUGGGACAAUUAGUUUUAUCAAGUACAAUUUUAAAGUUAUUAAUUGAUUAUCAAUUGGUAUUACAAGAAAACUUUCCAUCUGAAUUUUUAAAUGGUAUUUUAUCAACCACAGUCUUCGAAUGGUUAUGUAAAAAAAGUAAUGAGAAUAGUGAUCAUGGUGGUAUAUUCUAUUCUGAUUGGUGUUUAUUAGCACCAUUAUUUUACCAACGAAAUGUUUAUCAGUCACAGGCAUUUGGCUGUUUACCAGAUGAAAAAAUUAUUUCAAUAUUUGAAGAUCGACAAAACCUAAAAACAAGAUCUGAACUUUCAAUAAUUAAACACCAAAAAGCUGAAAGUGAAAAAUAUGGCCUUGAAUUAUGUGAACGGUUUCUUGCAUUUAUAAACGAGGCAAUUAAGAUUUUAGUAGAAAUCCAGUAUGGUAUAAAACAAGAAUUAAUAAGAACAACGUCAAUGACUUGUGAUCUUGGGCGAAAAACAUAUGAUUUUCAAUAUCUAUUACGACUGAAGCAAGUAAAUGAAUUAGAGAAAAUAAUCGAUAGAGAAGAAAAUGAUAACAAUCAAUCAAGGAUCGAAUAUUGCUACAAAGCACGAUUUAUUCUAUUCUUUGUUAAAGAAAUCAGGCAAUGGGUAUUGGAUCAAUAUCGUCAUACAAAUAUUGAAAAAAUAAUCAAAGCUAUGCUUUUACUCUAUUUAACUAAAAAUGUUAACAGGAAGCUUGAAAACAGAUUGGAUCCUAGUGGAACACAACGUCCACUUCAGAGCUUGGAGGAAUUUUUAGCUCAAUCAAAACAGGAGUCAUAA